CCUUGCAUUGACGAUAACUAGGUCAGCCUCUGUUGUUUGGUUAUGUUGUUUGUCGGACCCUGGAUCAUGGAUUAAACUGUCUUGUUUUCUAAUUUGUGCCGUAUGUAAAUAAACAUUGGUGACAAGGUCACGCCCAUCAGCUUGUCAUUCAACUAUAAUAUUGAUAAGGGAAGUAGGCUAUUACGUAGGGUUACGUGUCAACAUGUCGAGCGUGGUCAAGCAAACUGGAAUGCUGAUCCAUCAAGCCGUCCGGACUUCGGUCACAUUUUAUGGCCUGUUUUCACAGGUUUCCGGCCAGACUUCCAGUUAUUUCAAACGCGUUGCUGCACCAGGAACAUGUCGGCUAUUCUCAACUACAAGUUCAACUUCUGCAUCGUCCAACAUCCCACCUGAUGUACCAGACCCAGAGCGCCAGAAGACGUUUGUGAUGGUAAAGCCAGACGGAGUACAGCGUGGGCUGGUGGGGGAGGUUCUCAAGAGAUUUGAAGUAAAGGGUUACAAACUCAGGGCUUUAAAAUUUGUCCAUGCACCCUUAUGGAUAUGUGAGGAACACUACAUCGAACACAGAGGGAGAGUAUUCUACCCCAAACUGUUAAAAUACAUCAGAUCGGGACCAGUGGUUCCUAUGGUUUUUGAAGGUGAAAAAGUAGUAGAGGCAGCUAGAAAAAUAAUUGGUGAGACGGAUCCUGUCAACUCAAACCCCGGCACAAUUAGAGGAGACUUUGGUCUGACUGUUGCAAGUAACUCCCUUCUAAAAGAAAUCGGGAAUGUCAUACACGGCAGCGAUAGUAUCAAGAGUGCUGAACGGGAGAUCGCGCUCUGGUUCGAACCAGCUGAACUCAUUCAAUGGGAUCUUGUGCACUACGAGUGGCUCUACGAACAUUGAUGAAAAGUAACUGUAGAUAACGACCAGGAAGAGUGGUUACUGUCGGUACUGGGAGGGAUGACAAUGAUAUCAGUGAUGUCCUCAAUAACGUCAAUAACGUCAAAGCUGUAGUUGCUGAUGGAAUCCAGUAGGAGGUAUAGUGAGUCACAUUGACUUACUGUUUUAGAGCUUGUUAACAGACAUUUGAUCCCAGCAUUGUUUAGACUGCUCUCAGAAUCUCUAGUUAAUCUCAUGAAGUUUUGCACAUGGAUGCGUGAAGAUUUUGUAUUCGAUGUAUCGGGGAAGUUGAUCUUGGUUAGAAAAGCAAAUGUACAGAGUUAGAUUGAAGGAUUCAGUGUAAAUAGCAUUUUGUAUAGAGUAGUUGUUAAUUUAUUAAAAACUUAAGGAAGCAGGCUAUUGAAAAGUUGAAAUGGUAUAGAAUUGUUCAGAUUGGAAUGAAGGAAGACUUCAUGUUCUGGGAGCAGUCAUAGAUUCAAUGCAAGAAAGCUUUCUGUCCAGGAGAUCAGUGAUUAGCUAGAUUCCACAUUGCUUUUGUAAGUGUCAAGAAAAAAACCAAAAGAAAUUAAUUUUGACAAGUUCAUCUGACCAUGUACCCUCCCAGUACUUUCACGAGCUGUAUAAUAAUAAGGAGUGUUAUGUAGAAAUGUAUGUAUGAUGUAGAUGGUAUGUAAGGCCUAGAUGCCAUAUCAGCACAGUGUGUUCCUCAAAGUUUGAGUGUCUUGUUUGUUAGAUGUUUAGUUUUUAAGUACUAGUAAUUAAAGUGUAUUUUGACUGGCCUUGAUCCACUGUUCACUAUCAUAGUUUUGCCACUUUCAGAGGCUUACAAGUGCAAAGUCAUACUAUUGAAGUUAAUCCAACACAUAUGAAAGUGUACAGCUUCCCUGUGUUCGGGAUGGUGGAAAAAGGUCUUUCAUGUCCUUUGUCAGGAUUGUUCAAUUCUAAAGAGAUUACCAGCAAUAUGUGCUUUGACAUUUAAGCUAUGCAGAUUUAAGUGUAGGUGCCAUGUUUUUCUUAUGUGCUGAAUUCUUGAGAGGUAGUGCAGAUGACAUCAUCAGAGAAAGACCCUAUUUUUGUCACUUUUUUUGUCAUUAGUGUAACAAUGGCCGAAGGAAGGUGUUAUGGUGCUGUCAACCAUGAUGCCAUUCAUACUUGCCACCCUUUGUUGCCAAUGUCCGGUCAAGGGCAUCGAAUGAUGUCCAAAUAUGUCAUUGCAAGGUCUCUAUACCAUAGAUGUUAGGUGAGAAACUGUUUAGUAUACAUGUAGUUUCCUUCAACAAAUUCUAAUAUGAAAAGUUAAUGCAAAGGAUGAUUGCAGAAGAAAAAAAGGACUUUGUGUGACAUAUCAUCUGAGGAAUUUAAUUUUACACACUUGCCAUGACAUGCUUCCUGUUUUCAACAUAUUGUUCACAUAGAUUCACAUAGACUUAGCUUGGUAUUGUCAUCUGGUAUGCAGGCGAGUUGGUUGUGACCUAUAAGUAUGUUGAUUGCUCAAUGUCUCAAUUGAAUCACUUACCUUUUAUGUUGUCUGACUUAACCAUUGAUGUGCCAUAUGAUUUUACUGUGUUUUAAAUCUGAUGUUAAGAUAAUAUUGGUCGUUGUUAUGUAGAUACGAGUGUAUGUAGAAGAUGAGGUUCAUUCAGACCAAUGUAUGUCAAAGAACAAUGCAAAUAAGCAUCAGCUACGUUCAUAUCAUCACCUGCGUUUUUAUAAACGAUGUUUGUUGUUUGCAACUGCUAUAAAUAGUGAGGCAAAGCCUGUCAAAUUCCAGUCGAAGGUUUGAUCACAAUGUUACACUUAUUGGAAUCAUUACUGGUAUAUCAUAAAGAUCUGAUUAUUGGCAUAUCACUGAGGUUGUCGUUGAUUAGUUCCCAUUGUCGCACCAAGUGCGUAUGGUCUUUAUAGGUACUUGGUUGUACUUGGUCCUGCCGAGCAGUUGACUUUUAUCUCAGUAGGUUUUUUUUAAAAGCCAGCUGGUAAAAACAGGGAGUUUGAUUUGUUUGUUUAACUUUCAACCGUUAAAUACUUCAGUCUUUGAGAAUUACAAGUGGUCAUAGAAUUCAA